GCAGCCAGCACGGGCGAGCAGCGCCAGAGAGGAUAAUGGUGGUCGCGGUGUCGAGACGGGGCGUCGCAUACGAAGUGUAGUGUAGUUUCCUAGUUAUAAAACACCGGCUUGCGGAAUACAGCACGACGCCGAAUCUGCGGGGUGCAUCGCGACGACCGACCACGCAGCGAACGCAUGCUAGAUGUCUACGAUGUCGGAUCGCAAGGCAGAAUUAGAGCGGAAGAAGGCGAAGCUGCAGGCUUACAGGGAGAAAAAAGACCGCCUGAAGCGCGAGAAGGAACUGAAGGAUGUGGAGGAAGCGACGACGCGGAUGGGAGGCACGUCCGACCGACGCGAUCUGGAUGAAAUGCUAAGUUCCCUGGGAGUUGCGCCCGUCUCCGACGUGCUCUCCAGCCUCUCCACCGUCAACUCGCUCACACCCGACCAGAGCAUCAACCAUACGCCCGACUCUUCCCUGCAGCCAAAUAGUUUACCCAAUAAUGUACAUACUAGUAAGAAGAAAGCACCGCUCCUGAGUGUGGUCUCCGUGCAGAAUGUGAACAUCCCGCCAGCGGAGGUCGUGCACUACACGAAGCAGACGCAGACGACGGCUUCCGGACAUGAGCGCGACGCGGGAACGUCUGCAGUUCUAACAAAGUGCUACAUGGAGGAUUGGUGGAGGCCGCGCAAAGCUCAUGCAACCGAUUACUACGGUUAUUAUCGAGACGAAACAUUAUACUACGCAAAGAAAAGAGCCCCUAUGCAAACUGAUGAACAUGUAUUUAUUUCUUUUCCCCAUCAAGACGAAUACAAUCUAAAUCCGGGUUUAGAAUGGGAGGACGAGUUUACAGUUUUGACGUAUGACGACCCACAAGGCGAGGACGAGGAGGGCAGCCUACCGCAUCUCGGCGGUUUCGGCAGCAAGCUGCCGCCGGGCAUCCUUCCCCACGGUCUACCCCAGGUCAAGGAGGUGCAGCCAGCCGUCACUGCGAUGGAGCAAGCGCAACAGGACAUUAAAAAAGAAGCAAAAGAAAUUAGGGAGCUAAGUGAAGAGGAGAAACAAAUGAUAAUCCUCUCAGAGGACUUCCAGAAGUUUGUGGAUCGCGCCGGCAGGAUAAUGGAGCGCGCAUUAGGUGAAACUGUCGAUAUUUACGCGGAUUAUUCUAGAACUGAAGGAGAGGAAGGCUUAGAUGAGAAGUCUCAUCAAAGAAUAUCACUCAAUCGCUGCUUCUUUGACGAGAAAUGGUCAAAGAAUAGAUCGGUUACUGCACUCGACUGGAGUGCACAAUAUCCGGAGCUCUUACUAGCAGCGUAUAAUAAUAACGAGGUGUCUCCGAAUGAACCGGAUGGAGUUUGUUUAAUUUGGAACACAAAGUUUAAGAAAAUGACGCCCGAGUAUAUAUUUCACUGUCAGAGCCCGGUGCUAACGGCGAAAUUCGCCAAGUUCCAUCAGAACUUGGUGCUGGGCGGCACCUACUCGGGACAGAUUGUCCUGUGGGAUAAUCGAGUACAGAAGAGGACGCCUGUGCAAAGGACACCGCUAUCUGCUGGUUCACAUACUCAACCAGUAUAUUGCAUGCAUGUCGUUGGGAGUCAGAACGCCCACAAUCUGAUCUCGAUCUCGAACGACGGUAAGAUGUGUUCGUGGUCGCUGGACAUGCUCAGUCAGCCGCAGGAGGUUAUUACGCUCGUGCGUAGUCAGAGCAGGCCCGUGGCGGCGACCUGCCUCGAUUUUCCACAUUCCGACGUGAAUAAUUUCGUCAUUGGCGGCGAGGAGGGCUCCGCGUUCUCAGCGUGUCGCCAUGGGUCGACUGUUGGUAUUGUCGACACGUACGAUGGUCACCAUGGACCGAUUACGGGCAUAAGUGUUAAUAGCGUGCAGGGCGGCAUUGAUUUUUCACACACGUUCCUCACCAGCUCCAUGGAUUGGACAAUGAAGCUGUGGAGCAUCAAGGAUCAGAAGCCGAUUUAUUCGUUUGAGGAUAAUGGUGAUUACGUGAUGGAUGUUGCAUGGUCGCCGAUUCAUCCAGCGUUGUUUGCUUCGGUUGACUGUGGAGGAAAAUUAGAUUUGUGGAAUUUAAAUCAAAACACUGAGGUGCCAGCGGCGACUGCAAUAGUUGAGGGUAAUCCUGGUUUAAAUAAAGUGUCGUGGACACCUUCGGGAUUACAUGUAACAGUUGGAGAUACAAAUGGAAAGAUUUUGGUUUAUGAUGCUGCUGAGGGUUUCGCACAUCCGAGAAAUGAUGAAUGGAAUAAAUUCUUAUACACGACACAAGAACUACGCAACAAUCAAGUAGAUGAAGAACUAGAAAAAUUGAAUUUAAGCAUUUCGAAUACGCCGCUUUCUAGCAUGAGCUCGUUGGGGACGAGCAAACUCAUGUAAAACCGCUUAGGAAUUUGUUAUUUGAUUUUGAAAAGCCGUCAAUUUCUAGCGCCGAGCGUCAAAGAACGAAGUGUCAUAUUCUGUUUUCUUCUUAUUUGAUCUUAACCGCCGAAGUCAGCUAACCACUAUCACGAGAAUUCGGCUCCGUAACUUUUUUCGCUGCAUCUGCAUUCAACUACGCAUAAACUAGCUUCUAAUCUUAACGAACUGAUAUUUAAACCAAGCAAAGCACAGAAACAGAUAUUUAUUGCGGUAAUAUUACACCUACAGGAAUUAGUUCAAAAACGAAAAUCCUCUCAAAAGCUCUUCACUUGUGGGUAAAUUGUUGGGGCGAUAAAUACGGGAACAUUUUACUGUUAAUAUUGUGAGCAUUGUGAGAAACGAAUGAAGUGUGUUGUACAUAGCGCGCUAAUUUAUUAUUAUUGUAACGUUUUGCGAUGCGUCGAGUACGUCUUACGAACUCUUCUUUUUUUUUACUUAAUAUUAUUAACGUGUUAAUUUCUUCCUAUCCGGUGAUUAUUUCUUGUGAAACAAGCGAGGCGAAAGAAGUUUGUAAUUUGCGUUCGGUUCCACUUCGAUUUGUUGCGUUGAGUAAUUUUCUUGUUUAUUGGUUAUGUAUUUGUAUAAAUCGUACAGAAGAAAUUUUGCUAUCCGAACAUGAAUGACAGACAUGUGCGAAAAGAUUAAUGAAAAGUGAUCUAAAAUGAAAAUAAACAACAGAUUUAAACAGA